AUGGAGGAGAAGAGAUUGCAGGAGGCAGCAAGAGUUUUGGCAAUUUACCUGAGGAACUUAUUAGAUACAUUCUGGUCGUCUGAUGAUAAUAGAUCUUCUUUCUUGAAAGCUGUGGAUAGAGCACUUAUUCUUCGGGAUGCAGAUAUAGAACAGUUCAGUCUUUCGUUUCCAGUGAAGAAGGGUGAUGCAUCUCGCGUUAGUUCGUGGACUUCUGGCUUAGUCUGGCGCAAUGUUGAAAAGCUUUCUCUUGCUCUGGAUGGGGCUAGGUCAAAGUUUUUUUUGCCUCCGUGUUUAUUUACUUGUGCGACACUGAGGGACUUAGAACUAUAUGUCCCUACUAAAUUGAAAGUUCCUGCUACUGUUUCUUUCCCAAGUCUCAGGAGAUUGUCUCUGAACUCUCUGGUGUUUACUGAUGACUAUUCAACUCAGAAGCUGUUUUCUGGUUGCCCAGUUCUCAAUGAAUUAUCUCUAAUCAAUUGCAAUUGGGCGAAUCUCAAGUCUGUGACUAUUUCUGCUUCCAAUCUUUUGAGCUUGAUCAUAUAUGAAACUGGUGGUCAGUUACAGCUUUUCGGACGUUGUUGUGAGAUUAUGGUAUAUGGAGUCAGUCUCAAAUAUUUUCGGUACAAGGGCGGUUUCCUAAAUGAUUAUUACUUUGAUAACUCAUAUGUAGAUAAGGCUGAGAUUCUUACUCCUACUUUGAGAUUGAGACAUGUGAGUUACCGGUUGUAUAAGCUGUUUCGGGAGUUCUCUAGUAUGAAGAUGUUAACUACCUCUUCUUCAUCCUUUAAGGUGGUUCAGACUUAUAAUGCAUCAGAACUUCUCGCCCAGAUACCCUUGUUUAGUAAUCUUGCCACUUUGAUAUUUGAAGAAAAUCCAGUAAAUAUUUAUUGUGAAGGACUACUGAGGAUGUUCCAAAACUGUCCUAGUCUCCAAACUCUAGUAUUCAGUGAGGGCGUUAGACUGUGGUGCCUAGAUGCAGAAGAGGAUGGGGUGUUAAGGCCACAGCCUCCUUGUUUCUUGGAAACUCUUGAAAAGAUUGAAGUUCAUGCAUUUCAUGGAAACAGGGAUGAGCUUGCUGCAUUAAAGGUUCUCUUAAAGAAUGCAAUGGUCUUGGAGAAGCUGAUUAUAACUUGCUCCGAUUCUUUUGAAGGCGGACCGGAGAAGUUGAAGGAUGUUAACAAUCAAUUAGCAGAUUUACCUAGAGGGUCAUCCAAAUGCUGUGAAUUUAUUUGUUCGUUGAGGCCUUGA